GGAGGUGGGGAAAGAGGAGGUGCAUAGCUCUGGGGAGGUGGAAUAAGCAGUAAUUCGGAACAAUUUCUCAAAGUGCGAGGACAGACGGAAGCCGAUAUAAACGGGCUGCCCUUCACUCGAGGCUAUCAGGGGCAAAAGAAAACAGCUGCUGCUGUCACUGACCUCCAGCUCCAGAGGCUGAGCCGAGCUCCGGCCCAUGUUGAGCGGCCCGCCGGCGGUCAUGGCCACGCUGGAGGGCUGCCGCUGUCGGGGUGCCAGCGCCCGCAACAACAACAGCAUUCUCUACAGCAUCUUAAAGAGCGAUAGCUUUGUGACCCCCGAGGCACACCAGCAGCAUUCCCAUCAUCACACACUGCAACACUUGCACCAGAAGACCCCCUCCUCCUCUUCCUCCUCCUCUGCUCCAGCCUCGCUGCAGGAGCUCCGACAGCAGCAGGCUUGCUCGUGCGGCUCCACGCGCCGCCGGGGCGUCCUGCGCGCCCCGCAGGUCACCUGCAAAGCCGCGUCCGCGGUUCUGGUCAAGACGCUGCGGUUCGUGAAAAACGUCCCAUGUUUCCGAGAGCUGCCGGAGGACGACCAGCUGAUGCUCAUCCGGAGCGGCUGGGCUCCUCUGCUCGUGCUGGGUCUCGCGCAGGACCGCGUGGACUUCGACACGACGGAGACGGUAGAGCCCAGCAUGCUGCAGCGCAUCCUCACUGGGGUACCGGAGCGCCAGAGCGAGGCUGUGACCGGGCAGAGCAGGGCGGCGGUCGGGGUGUCCGUGGUGGACAUUGAGGCGAUCAAAGCUUUCCUGAAGAAGUGCUGGAGCGUGGACAUUAGCACGAAGGAGUACGCGUACCUGAAGGGAGCUGUUCUCUUCAACCCAGAUCUGGAGGGUUUGAGGUGUCUGCACUACAUCCAGUCUCUGCGUCGAGAGGCUCAUCAGGCUCUGAACGAGCACGUCCGGCUGAUCCACCGCGAUGACACCACGCGCUUCGCCAAGUUGCUGAUCGCCCUGUCCAUGCUGCGGGCCAUCAGCCCUCCGGUGGUCGCCCAGCUUUUCUUCAGACCUGUCAUAGGGACCGUGAACAUCGAGGAGGUUCUCAUGGAGAUGUUCUACGGAAAAUAGGUCACAAGCAGGACCCAGAAGAGCUCCGAACUUUUACUUUUUUAUGUUUGAUUUUGGGACUGGAAAGCAAGGACUUGAUAUCUGGACUGGGUGUGUGAAUGAAUGUUGAGGGAACAGAUGUUCUUUCAGAGGAAAAAUACAAAGCAGUUGCUGGGAUUCAUAACUUAUUUGUUUUUAUAAAAAACUAUUUUUCUAUAAUAAUAAACAAACUUCAUCACA